AUUCAGUCUCGAACUAAGUGCCGAUCGGAAAAGUCGUUGACUCCUCGAUAGUUCCCGCCUGAACAAAAACAUCAAACAUGCCAAUCACUUUAUACUACUCCCGCAUGAGCCCUCCGGUUCGCUCCGUACUGCUACUCAUUAAGGAACUGGGACUGACAGGAAUCCAGUUAAAGGAAGUUGACGUUCAAGGCGGUGGCACCCGAACGGAGGAAUUUCUCAGCAUGAACCCGGAACACACAAUCCCAACUCUGGACGACAAUGGUUUCUACUUGUGGGAGUCACGCGCCAUUUUAACCUACCUUAUUGAUGCGUACCGUCCAGGUAAUGAUCUGUACCCGAACAUUCCCAAAGAAAAGGCCAUCAUCAACCGGGUCCUUCAGCAUGACCAAUCGACAUUCUAUCCGAAAACUUUCGGGCAAAUGCUUCCGAUAUUCAUGCAGCAAACAUCAGUUAUUACGGACGAGAUGAAGGCAAAGUUUAACGAAGCGCUGACCAACCUGGAGCUAUUUCUGGUCCGAAACGACUGGUUUGCUGGGGAGAACAUCACCGUGGCCGAUAUUUGUCUGUUGCCGUCGAUUUCUUCGAUUGUGCACGCGGGAUUCGAUCUGUUGCAAUAUCCGCGAUUGGCUGCAUGGUACGACAACUGCAAAGUUCUGAAGGGGUACGAAGAUGACCAACAGGUGGCGCAGCAGGUGGGAGGGUAUUUCAGGUCACUCGUGACCGAAGGAUUGUGAGCUAACAGAGCGGAAGAUUACUGAUAGAUAAGAUAGUAUACAGUUGUAGAUUGUGAUUUCGGUGAACGUGCCUUCAGUGUGACUACCUACAAUCAAACCGAUACUAAACACUUAUCAGACCUACGCGAACGAGGUCGAUUACUGACCAAGCAAUAUGCUGAUAUGAUGCAAAUAGUAAAAAUCAAUGAUAAGCUCAGGCUUCCAUCAAAACAAUUUUUUUUUAUUUCGAGCGAAGGUUGACUUUCUUCGAAAUGGUUCAAGGGUUGUAAUAUUAGAUGAUUUUCACACCAAUUGGUCCCCAGGAAUGACAGCAUGUUUUAGAGUCGAAUGACCUAUAUAGUCGAAUGACAAGACAUAUUUGUGCAUUCCUACAAAAUUAUCGAAAAAAAAGUCAGCUAUUUAUGCAUUCCCUGAUAUUCACAAAACUUCGAACCAUAACGUUGCAACGUUGGCAUGUAAGCAGCCCUACUGUCUUGAUUUAUGCUUAGUCAUGCUUAGUCGACAACCAAAAAGCUUUGCACGAAUGCAAAAAGAAUCUUUUCGUCAAAUUAUAUCGACUGUAAUGUAGCUGUAAGGGUAUAAUGUGUGUAUAGAAAAUGUCGAACACUUUCACAGUCUCUUAAAUGAUCCCCUUUCACUGGAUGGAUCAAAAUCAAGCGUCAGAAUAGCAAACGACACUCCCCGCUUGAUCGUGUUUUUAGAUGGAUUGAUAGACGACUAUGGGUUCUUUUCUACUAUUGAAGAGAGUCAGCAUUUUCAAUGAAAUACUGUAUGACUGGGAUACUAUUUGAAAUUGUUUCAUAUUUCUUAUUUACCUAUGAAAAUAUUUGUACUUAAUACGUAAUCAAAUUGGUCGAAGAAUAAAAAAACAUGUUUCUUGCUUCA